AUGACAAAGCGAGUUCAAUUUGGCCAAGUGGAAUUUGGCAGCACCUUUGCAAAUGAAGAUUAUGAUCGAACUGCGCAAGAAGUAGCUAAAUUAUCCUACCACGACAUGGUUGAAUUACUCACGAUGAGAUCACAAUGGCGUCGUGAUAUGGAGCGAAUGCUAGCUGAUCGCGCUACACAAGAGAAAAAGGACGACUCAGCAUCGCAUCUCUAUUCGUCCGCCACCGAAAUUUGCAUUUGA